AUGAGUUUGAAGUAUGCUAGUAGAACUUUUAGAUUAGAUGAUAAUAGUGAUCUUUAUUUAGUCUCUAGACCUGAUGGUAGUACUUAUUAUUAUAAUGCGGAAUAUAUGAAAUCCUAUUACCUUGACAAAAAUGAAAUUUUAAUCAUUGGAAUUUUCUCUGCCAUUUGGUUUUUUUGUAUAAUAUUUGGAAUAUACGUAUUUAUAAAUGAACGAGCUCGAAGGCAAAGGAUAUUAAAUAACUUAAUGCUUGAAGUAAUGUCUAUAGAUUCAGGAUAUUGGGAAGAUAACAAUGAAGAAUUAGAACAGGAAGCAGUAGAUAUAUCAAAUGAGUGA